CCAACUCAACCUCCUCCAAGUCUUCUUUUUUCCUCCCAUCCCAGUGUCUUUUCUCGAUUGUUUUCUAUCAAUCACCACUACAAACCCUCAAAAUGUCUACCGAGCAGACCUUCAUUGCCAUUAAGCCCGACGGUGUCCAGCGUGGACUCGUUGGCCCCAUCAUCUCUCGCUUCGAGAACCGUGGCUUCAAGCUCGCUGCUCUGAAGCUCGCCACUCCCUCCAAGGAGCACCUGGAGAAGCACUACGCCGACCUUGCCGGCAAGCCCUUCUUCCCCGGCCUCAUUACCUACAUGCUGAGCGGCCCCAUCGUCGCUAUGGUCUGGGAGGGCCGUGACGUCGUCAAGACCGGCCGCACCAUCCUCGGUGCCACCAACCCCCUUGCCUCCGCCCCUGGCACCAUCCGUGGUGACUUCGCCAUCGACGUUGGCCGUAACGUCUGCCACGGCUCCGACAGCGUUGAGAGCGCUCAAAAGGAGAUCUCCCUCUGGUUCGCCCCUGAUGAGGUCAAGAGCUACAAGCAGGCUCAGGCUGAGUGGAUCUACGAGAAGGUUUAAAUUCUUCCAGAGUCAUUGAUCUAGGAAGAACGAAUCAAAAUAAUGUCAUGAGAGUGGAUUUCCAUGAUACCUACAAGCUCUGUACAGUCGUAGUCAAUUAACCCUGGCUAGGUAGCAGCAGCCACUUUGUCCUAUUUCCUCUCAAACAAGGUCCUUGCUCCUUUACCUAGCGGGGCCAGAACGGACCUUGCGAACCACGGUGUUGCCCAUAUACUCGCAGCAAUGCGGACCGGUAGAAGUGCCUUAGUAACGGCGUAAGAAGUCGCAAACUCCAGCACCAGCCUAGUCCCUUUCCGCUCAGUUCUCAA